GUGUGUGUGUGUGUGUGAGGAAACAGUGUGGUUAGAGCAUCGGCUCAGAGCUGAAACACUUCCUCGUCCUUCUUCACUCUCAUCACCUCGACCUGCAGGAACAGAGCAGCACUAACAGACCAGGCCGGCCUCAUGUGUCACUCACAGAUGUUGUUUUGUGCUAUUUAAGUUCAUGUCAAAUCACGACGGCCAUUAAAGAGGGCACUGAAGGGGAAAUAUAAUUUAGGUCUUCGUCCCUUCUGAAUGAUGCCUCGUUCUUUCUUGGUGAAGAGAGGAGGGCUUCACCACCCUCGGCCCGCAGCAGGAAGCCCACGCCCUGGACUGACACCAGUAACUUCCAGGCAGUUGAAAAAAGAGUCCGAUCCCUUGGACUCACCUGUGGAGUACACCACAGCAGAAACAUCACAUAAUCCUGUAGUGUCCGUCACAUCAUUACAACCGAACCUUCCUGCCACCAGUCCCUCUCACGCGAGUGGACACGGAUCUUGUGACUGUAGACCUGCUGAUUCCUCUGCUCUACCCUUCAAUGGAAAUUAUUGCUCCCCUGUGGAGAAAAUGGACUCUGUUCCUGACACGGCAGCAGCAGCAGCAGCACCACGGUCCAGACCUCAUGUGAGCCCCGGAUAUUCGCACAAAUGGGCAGACUUGACUCAGUGUUCUCAGAUCCUGAGGGAGACCCGGAGCAGUGCAGCGAGGCAAGAGUGUCCGCUCUGCAGCAAAAUAUUUUCUAGUCUGUCCAGUUUGAAUGCUCACAUAUGCAAGAGCCACGGGAGGAGCUCCCCUCUGUCAGUAGCACACAUCAAGUCCAGCAGAACAAAUGAAGCACAGUCAUCGUGCCGGGGCAAGGAAAGAAUGUUUGCCUGCGAGGUGUGCGGAAAAGUGUUCAAGCGCUCGUCCACCCUGACGACCCAUCUGCUCAUACAUUCAGACACGCGGCCGUAUCCCUGUCAGUACUGUGGCAAAAGUUUCCAUCAGAAGUCUGACAUGAAGAAGCACACCUUCAUCCACACAGGAGAGAAGCCCCAUGUGUGUCAGAUAUGUGGGAAGGCAUUCAGCCAGAGCUCCAACCUCAUCACCCACAGCCGCAAACACAGGGACUGUCGGCCCCACCGCUGCCCUCGCUGCAUGUACAGCUUCCAGCACAAAGUGGACCUGCGGCAGCACCAGGAACGCCAUUGCACGUACCGCUGACUCGCUUUGGAUUCCUCAGACCUCAAACAUCAGCUGUAGACAUCAAAACUACUGCUGUUUUUCUAGGCAAAUCCAGAGUAAUUCACACAGCAAUUUCUUUCACGUUCGGAGUAUUGAAUCAACUAUGUACUUGUUUACUUGUUAAUUUAGUUAAAUAGCUUUAAUACAGAUUGGUAUAUUAGGAAUUCUUUAUAUUGUAUCUCUAUAUUACAAGCCGUCUACUAGAAUGAAUAUUGUGCAUCACUGGUACUAUGUAAAUGAUGUAGUAAACAGGGCCACUGUGAA